UCGCCACUUGUUUUCGCGCACGAUGUCGUGCUGGAGUUGAGGGCAGCAGAUUUUGUAAAAUGGGAGAGAAGGUUAGAAGACGCACGCGAGAGAGAAAAAAAAAGGAAUUCAGCCACGGUUCACAUUGUCUCCCGGUGAAUAACAAUGCCGGCCUCUUCUUAGCCGAUGCUGUCUCGCGCAAGCUGCUCUUCCAGCUCCAUGCGUUCUCCACACGUUCGUAAAACUCGCUCGUAAAUGCAUCGCUCAUGGGCCGAUUCUGGUAAGGCCGGAUAGGAUGAAGGUCGCCUUUGUCACUGUCACACAUGUUGUCGUCGUGAUUAUAGCCACGGAACUGGAGCACGUUAAGGCCAGAAGAAGUAACGUGGCUGGGGGCAACACACCGGGAAUUGGAGUAAUUUAUUCGGGUAUACCAAGAAAAGACACUCCAUUAUUGAAUAAACCACCGCAGUCAUGGACGAAAAAAGCGAAGGGACCACGAUAUCUUGUCGGAAAGCCUGGAUCAUAUUUUGUGGGAAAUCGCCCCAGACAUGCCCGGGGGAGGAAACUGAGGAAGCUGGGAACACCCCGGAGCGGGAAGAACAAGCCAAGGGCAAAGAUUACAACACAGCAUAACAAAUCAGAGCAUGAGGGCAAAGAAAACGAUCACUCACCUCUGGCCAAUGGGCAUCAGAAUGGAGUUGAAGCUACGGGAGGCGGAAACGGGGGAACGAUGGACCCAAUGGGCAUGGGGAUGGGAAUGGGUAUGGGGAUGGGCAUGGGCAUGGGAAUGAGCAUGGGAAUGGGCAUGGGAAUGGGCAUAGGAAUGCGUAGAAUGAUGGGCCUCAUGAUGGUAAACCAAAUAGGCAAAAAUGUUGCUAAUGCAGUCGUGGGCGUAACGAGGGAGAUUGUUGCAGCAAAGCGAGCUGCUGAAGCGGCAGCCGCAGCCAAAGGUGACGGUGCUGCGGAUACGGGUGAAAAAGGUGGAGCGGAUGCAGGUGACAAAGGAGGUGAUGAAGGGGAUAAGAAGGAUUCCAAGGACGAGAAGAAUUCGAAAGAUGGCGCAGAAGAAGGUGGUACUACUAAGAAAAAGGCAGGAGAGGAUAAGAACGAGUCGAAAGAUGCGAAGGAUUCGAAAGCUGCAACAGGAGGAACUAGCUCAUCGGACAAAAAGUCAGCUUGACUCGGCAUCGCCCCAGCCGGGAUCAGCACUCGAGAUGGAAAUGGCCUGCGAGAAUGACUACAUGGUUCAUCAUAUCCCAUGAUCUUCUUCUAGGAACAAAUGGGAAGUCAGUUUAAACUUCCUGAUAUGAGGUGUGCGAUAGUUUGCUCCAACCCUUCAUACGCCUGGAAGUCAUCCCUGUAAAUAAAGACGUUUUCACACGCUGUGGGA